AUGAUCAUGGUUGAGCAGCAGUAUAUUGCCCCAGGUCUUCCCCAGUCGGCUGGUCUUUCGGGAGCUCCCAUCUUGCACGACCCAAUUCCUACAACUACAGCUUCUGCUUACCACGAACUGACAUCCUACUCAACUAUUUCGUCGCCUUUCAACGGCAUCCCUUGUGAUCCAAACCUCUUAACUCCAGUCUCAGUCUUGGAUUCUCCUCCUUUGCACGGAUUGUCCAAGAUUGGGCCUCACUAUCCUCCUCCCCCAAGCACACCCAACCAGCAACCAUCCCCCCCAGGGAGUUCAGAAAUGUACCACCAGCAGUGGGCAGGACACUUCGACGUAAACGGCCAGUCACCAGCAGCGAGUUCGCCAAUGACUUCACAGGCGCCAGGCGGAGGAGAAUUUCUCCAUACCAGCUAUGUCCAUGAUGGACGUCGAACACCAGGACCACCUGAGCCCUACAUGGGAGCUUUUGGCGUGUCGAACGGACCAGAGCCACAGACAAUGGAGCAUCCAUACUAUGUCAAUAUGGGCCCUCCAGUCGACCACCAAGUUCAAAUGGGUAUUCACCAUCGCGAAAUACCUGCCACGCCUCUUCUGAGCGAGUCACACCCAAUCCAGUAUCGCCGUCGGCAGAGCCCCGAAGAUUCUACUCUGCACACUCAGUCUGCAGGCGUCCCACGCUCUCUAACAGCAUCCCCGCGUCGAAAACCUGCUUUCCAAGCCAGUGGCCGGGUUAAAAAGCGUCAUUCGAAACGGCCAGGUACAUCUCGAACCGCUGCCCAGGAAGACCCUGUGAGUGAGCACAAAAAUUGCUUCGGCCAAGAGGUUCCGCCAACCCUCAAAAGCACAUGCCCCGAUGAGGAGCGUUGCAUCUUCGAAUCUCGCUGGCAACACCGCAACCAGAAGGGCCAGGAUAUGUGGGAAAGUAUUCAGGGUGACUUUCAUGAUCGCUUCCAGAAGCGUCCUGGCAAGGAGAUGCUGCAGAUGAAGUUCAAACGAGGUCGAGCUAAGUACUAUGAUUGGAUACCAAAAGAUGUGGAGUUGCUUCGAGAAGCUUGGUUGCGUGUCGAGAAGAACCGUUAUCAGCAGACUCUUGAGAUAUUCCACGAAUUAGGUGGUUCUCGGAAUAUGCGUUUAAAUGCCAGCGACAUUGAGAUCAAAGUCGUCAAUGAUCUGAAGCUCGAAGAAGGUCUCUAUAUGGAGUCUUAUGGCAGCGCCAACAUUCGCCGGCGACGCAAGCCGGAAUCGGUAAGAAAGCGCGGUAGCCAUGGUGUUGACAACGAUAUGUCGGUCAACGACGAGAUGAUGAGCAUUGGCUCGCAUACAACACAUGAAGACGAAGUCAUCAACCAGGUCCAUGGCAUUCCGAAUAUGAAGAUGGAGGAGCAAGGCCCUGGAGACCAUCCCAACAUGAUUGAGACGCAAAUGUGGGAUCAGCAGAUGAAGAUGGACCCUGGAACAAUGCCGCAAAGAAACGACCGUAUGCAACACAUGAUGAGGUUGAGUCCAAUAUCACAGCCCAUGUAUGAGGGCCGCAGAGAAGCAUAA